UGUGUGUAUACAAAUGUCAUGCCAACAUUGUGAACAAUCGUAAACAAAUAGGAUUCAAUAUAUUUUUCUACUAGAUUUGUACAAAUCGAUACAUUUUAUCUCCAAGAGUAACAAUAAUCAACAACAAAUGGAAUUGGAGCACCGUGAAUGAUUAAUAAAAUUAAUUUUGAAAAUGUUAGAAAUGGAUGUCCGAACUCAAAAAUUGGAACAACAGAGGCAGCUUAUGGAGCAGAAAAUGAAACAGAAAAGGCUUACAUCAGGUAUGAUACAAGUUUCUGAUAUUCGCGGUAAUUCAGCCAAGAGUAGAAAUAGUUCUAGUGGAAACAGAAGAGAUCUUCACGGUUAUGAUGGUCCACUUCAAUUUGCCAUGACCAACGAUAAUAAUCCAGAUCAAGUUAUAUCUAUUUUGCCAAACUCUGAUAGAAUAGAUGGAACUGUUGUGGAAGAUUUAACAACUGAUCCAAAUGAUUUGAUGGAUGUAGAAGAUGAAGAGUCAUCUCCAGUUGCUUCAACUCCAAAUGAUAAUGGAAAUGUGCCUAUUAAUCCCAUUCCUGACAAACCUAGUUUCAUACAACAGGUUAAUGGGACUUCAGAGGUGGAAGGUGAUAUAGAAGGUAACAUAGAAAAGUUUAUCCUUCAAUCUGCACAACUUAAGGUGCUUUAUAAAUGUAGAAUAACAAGAGACAGAAAAGGAAUGGAUAGGGGUCUCUAUCCAACUUAUUAUUUACAUUUAGAGAAAGAUUAUGGUAAAAAAGUAUUUCUAUUGGCAGCAAGGAAAAGGAAGAAAAGCACAACGAGCAAUUACUUAAUAUCCACUGAUCCUACAGAUUUAUCUAGGAAUGCAGAGUCCUUCGUAGGUAAACUUAGAUCAAAUUUAAUUGGAACCCAGUUUACAGUGUAUGAUAAUGGGAUAUCGCCUAGAAAGGCAAAUUUGAGGGAAGGUAUAAUUCCACGGCAAGAGCUGGCGUCUGUUAUUUAUGACACUAAUGUGUUAGGCUUUAAAGGUCCUCGUAAAAUGACUGUUAUCAUACCGGGAAUGGUUGAUGAACAAAGAGUGACAAUAUAUCCACAGGAUGAAAGUGAAGGUUUGAUUGAAUCGUGGAAAGCAAAAAAUAUGGAUAACAUCAUCGAAUUGCACAAUAAAACUCCUGUAUGGAAUGACGAAACUCAAUCGUAUGUUUUAAAUUUCCAUGGUAGAGUUACACAAGCUUCUGUUAAAAAUUUUCAAAUUGUUCACGAUAGUGAUACAGAUUAUGUGGUUAUGCAAUUUGGCAGGGUUGCUGAAGAUGUAUUCACAAUGGAUUUUAGGUAUCCUCUUUGUGCGUUGCAGGCUUUUGCAAUAGCUUUGAGCAGCUUUGACAGUAAAUUGGCAUGCGAAUGAGCAUUUGAUGCCAGAAAUGUUCCAAAAUGUGCCUCAAUUAUUUUAAAAAGGAAUAUUGAGCUUAAAUUCGUGAGUUGUUUUUUAGUAAUUUAAGAAUUUUUUAUAAAUUUUACACAAAUAAUUUAAAACCGUAUAUUUGUUGAUUCCAUUCAGUUGUAAUAUUUGCUGGAAUUGAAUUUUGUAAAACUAUAUAUUAAGUUUAUUAAUUAAUUUAUAAAUAAUAUUUAAUUAGGAAAAUGUAGGAUGUUGGAAUCUCAAAUUUCUGAAGGAACAAUGAAAAAUCAUAUUUAUUAUAUUUUCACUCGAAAAAUAAAUUAAUUCAUAAAUAAAUUUUUUUCAUUAUUCAACGAAUUCAUUGCUACAAAAAAAUCUUGAUUUCAUAAAUCGUGUCGAACUUUUGAGAUAUGAAUUAUUGCUUAUAAUUUUAGUCAUGAAAGGUUCUGAAUAUUUAUAUAUGACCUCAGGUAUUGAUUUAUUUGCUGGAAACUCGACAUGCAAUGUAUCUACAGUUUCUCUUUUUUAGCUUUUUCAUUUGUAAAUAGGAGUCGAAGGUAUUUUUAUCUUAUUUAUUGAUGAUAUAAUUUAAAAAAAAUGCAAAUAGGCUCGCGUUUUAAUAAUCAAGUUAUUGUCUUCGGAUAUUGAACAUUUACCUAUGCAUGUAUCUGAGAUAACUUGAUUUUCUAAUUGCACGUUACACAUUAUAAUUGAGCUGUAAUGAUAGUUAACAAUGUGUUCAGUUUAAAUCCAUGAUAUAUUUUUUUCAAAUUCUAAUUAAGUAUUGUAUUCCAUAUUUGUUUGCAGAAAUAAUGUAAGUAUUUUUGCUUUGGAUUUUUAUCCAUUACUUAGUUUUCUGUUUGGUAAAUACUUUUGAUCCUUAUAAACCCGACCUAUUCCUGUUUUUUUUCAUAAUACCACAGAGAUAAUCCACAAUAGUUUUACUAAAUUUGUAUAUUUCGAAAUCUGUGUAUUUCUCCUUCCUUCAUUAAUAUGAUUUAGAUCCCUCUGAUCUACUGAAUAUCUCCAAGUGUUAUCUUCCGGUUUCCAUUCUAUUAUUUCUUGUAUUCGUGGAUACAGCUUAUCCAACUGUUAAGUGAAUACUGGUAAUAAUAAUAAUAAAAUCUCUUCAUUAUGUGAACCGAGCCUAAUCCUUUUGAUACUUUGUAUACGGGAUAGGUAAAUAAUACCAGCUCUAAGCUGAGUAGUGCAUAAGUCUUUCGCAUAAUAAUAAUAAAAUCUUUUACUAGUAACCUUAGAGUCAUCUAUAAAUAUUCGGCUCUACUUGACAUAGUGAAAAGCAUGUACAAUGCUCAAUCGACUAAUUUCAAAUUUGGUAUUUUAGUAUUAAUGUGAAAAGUAAAAGAACAUAUGGCGAGUGCUUCAGAAAUACUUUUUUAUCAUAUAAAUUAUAGUACACAGAGUAUCUUAAGUACAUUGAAUUUCUUAGUUAGCUGUUUAUUUUUCAUGGAAAAAAUAUUAUCAUUUACUACAUUUUCAACAAUACUUUGAAAUUCAAAAAUUUAUAAUUCUAAAUCGGGCAUAACAUAAUAUAUAAUGAAUUAUUGAAAACAUUGGAAACAGCAUAGCAUCUACUCUAUUUGUGGGACACAAACCUCCCACAAAUAACCUCCUUUGGAAGCAGUCCAUGUAUUUUGGAAGCAGAACAAUUACAUGUAUAAUCUUGUACAAAAUAUCUUCUAGGUAUAGGUGCAGAGCCAAAACGACUUCCCAAAACAAUCUACAAUCUAUUGAAAACAUUAAUUUAAGUUUUUUCGAAAUUAUCAAAAAUAUCUUUAUAUUUACAGUAUUAAAAAGUGUACAAAAAUGUCAAUUGGAUGUAUAUUCUCAAGUAAAGGUAGUUAAUUCUUAUUAUUUAUAAUCUAAAUCAAAUAUAUUUGUUUAUUAUACAAGAAACUUAAUUUAAGACUCAAAUAUUUUAACUAAUACUUCAAAUGCUCAACUUAAGUUUAAUAUUUUUAAACUAUGGUAAAAAUUGGCUAAAAAUACCUUCUAAUUAUUGAGCAAAUUUGAAAUUAGUCGAUGUGCAAUUAGGUAAAAUAUUUUGGUUGGAAUAAUACUUAUAGAUCUGUUAUAUAAUUUAAGUAAAAUGAUAAUAUUCUCAAAUAUUUACAAUUAAAACCAGUUCCAUGUUGAGAAAAAUUGGAUUUUAAAUUUGGAGACUGAUAGAAAAUUGUCAUUUAAAUUGAAACUAAUUAUAUUUUGUACAAUUUUCCAACACAGCUAUGUAAGUAUUUAUUUUUCCCAGUACUAUUGGUAUCAAACUAAUGGUGCCUAUUUUUAGGUUAGAUAUAUAUGACAAGUAUUUGUUAGUUAAUAUUUUUAUUCAUUACAAAAUUGUCUGGUACAUACUUUCUUUCGAGUUUUAUUGUGAACAAAAUUUAUUGAAUAAGAAAUUUCAAUAAUAUUUUUCCAUGUCAAAUAUUUUUUAUUAGACUUAAUUAAAAAUGCGUUCUCGAUGUUAACAAAAUCUUUCGAAUUAAAAAAAAACCAGCAUAGUGACAAACAUCAUUAACAAUUUAUAUGUAAUUUCAUUUAAACUCAAUCUUAUAUAUAGUCGAUUCAUUAUAAAUAAUAAUUAAAACUACUAAGGUAAAGAGUAAUACUUAUGAUAAUUACUUACACCUAUAUUAAUUGUGUGUUUUUCCAGAAUGUGUGAUUGAAAUAAGCAUUAAUAAUAAGCUAGAGAAAAUCAGCAUUAAGUACAGAAUAUCAUGUUAAUUAGAAGUUGGAAACAAAAUUUGGCUGAAACUACUAAUCAAUUAAUAAAGAAAUGCCAUAAGAUUGCUGACAAAGAGACAAAUUAGAUGCAGAUUAGUAAAAUAGAUUUAAUUUGAAUUAUAAGAUUUAUUAAGCUCUGCAGUUUCAGAGUUCUGAUUAACUGAAGGAUAUGUGCUUUAUACAUGGAAUUUCGCUUCUACACGUUCUACCAAAAUCAUAUUUUCGUUUUGAAUGCUUGCAGACAUAUUAACACUAGCUGUACUGGAAUUCCAUCCCCCUUGCAAAACUUACAAUCAUCACUUUCAGCUAGAUCUGAUCUCAUCAGACGUUUCCUCAUUUAUCAGUAUCCUAUAAGGAAACUUAAAUCCAAAUAAAUCUUAUAAUUACCAGUAUUAAAUUUCCAAGGAAGCAGAAUUGGUUUAGCUGGGUAACACACCACUGUGUUGCUUCCUUCUUCCAAAACUAUUUCUUAUAGAAGUUUAAUGAUUUGAUGCAUUUAUUAUUUGUUUGUUUUAAAUACUCUCCCAACAUUACCACUCCACAAUCUGGGGUUAGUACCAAAAUAUUUGGAAAGUCUAAUUUAUGUUUGUCUAUUUUCUCCAUUGUGGAAAAAAUUUUGCUGAAAGUACCAUUCCAUACCUGAAUUAAUUUUUUGAGAUUGUCAGAUUUUUAUCCAUAGCUCUUGUAUUCUAUGGUUAACAUAAUCAAAUAUGAGAAUGUCUGUUUAACAAUACAUAACAACCUCUGUUGCGUUUAUCUCACCCCAAUAUUUGACAUGGAAACUUUUGUGAUGUAUAUCGUCACAGUGUGAUAUAUUUAAAUCAUCGAAAAUUGACACACUCCGCUUUUUUUGCAGUAUUAUGAAAUAUUAGCUUAAGUUUUUGUAUUAACUAAACAUUUUUAGCGGUAUUUUUUGUUUUGGUAGUUUGAUUAUAAAAAGAACAUGUUCUCAAAAAAAAAUUAAAAAUGGUGAAAAAGCACCAAUGGCACAAAAAUGCACUUCAUCAAAACGUUAAAGUAAAUAUUUGUGCUCAAAUUUAUAAUUACUAAAAGGUUGUGGAGUAUAUUAAUCUUUUUGAGAUUAAAAUGUAUUCUUUGUAAUUAAAGGGUUGCUGAAUAUUGUUUCAAUAUGAAAAUUGGAAUGUUUAUUAAUCUGAAUUAAUCUACUAUUGAAGAGAGGAAUGCAUUCUGUAAAUUGAACAAAGAAAUAAGUUUGUCAUUCAUACAGAAUAAAGUAAACAUUUUUAAUGAACGUUAUUAUCAAAUCUUCAUUCACAAAUUUCUCUUCGACAAGUUGAAUGAAUGAGAAUAAGGCCCAGUACACAUGGAACAACUUAAAACUGUUGCAAGAUCAACUGCUUUGCAACCUUUGUUUCAAACCGGUUGCAUCGCUGGCGGUCGACCCAAUUUAAAUAUUUAAAAUAAUUUUAUUAAUUUAAAUUAAUUCAAUAAUUGUUUUAGGAUUAAAAUUUCUGUCAUAUUAAAGUAUUAGAAUUAACUAAAAAAUAUUUCACACAUAUAGGUAUUUUUAAUUUCUUUAAAUUUAUUUCUUAAGAUCGUAGGUUGUUUUUAUUUGGAUUUUAUUUUAAUCCCUAAACGUUCCGCUCAUUAAAAGAAUUGUUAUUAAAAUUAUUUAAAAUAUGAAUUAAUCAUUUUUGUUAAAAUUAUUUUUUUAUAGAUGUCAAAAAGUAGUGUCACAUAAUGUGAGAGAAGAGUAACAUGAGACAUCAGUCUACUUACCUUAGACACAACAAUAUGUAAGCUAUGGAUAAAAAAAGUUGAUUCAUUGAAUUUUAAGUCUCUUAUUUCAAAUCAAUUUUGUAAUGAAAUUAAAUUAUAUUCACAACCUUUCAGUGAAUUGUGUUGUAAUAAAUACAAAUAAAACUAGAAAAAAAUGUUGCGUGCAAAAUACUUCAUUAAUUUUUUAAAAGUUUGUUUAAAUUGAUGAGUACACUAUAAUAUGUCCGGGUAAAGAUUAGUUCAAGAAGGGAUUGUCACUAUUCUACCUCCUGCUUGUUUCCUAUUCAUUUUGAUUGUCCUUGUUUACUUCAUCGAUACUAGAUGCCAUUAUUUAUUAGCUUUUCUCAUGUUGUAUAGUUUCUUUAUAUAUAUGGUUUUUUACUUUUCUUGUUUGACUAGUUCUUUCCAUUAUUUAUUUUAUGUUGAAUGUAUUACUCCUCAUAGUACAUAGUAGAAGAGUAAGUGGCACAUAGGCCUUCUAAUAGGCUCGUCGUGCUCCAUUUGUUAUUACCAAAGGCCGAUGUCCUUUGCAAACCCGAUCACGCGCUUUGUCUUGGAUCUAUUGAUAUCUUUAGACCACCUGUUAGGCUUGUCCAAGUGUUUGAAUCGAACCCUUGUGAUUGUUGGGCACUCACAGAGAACGUGGUCUACAUCCUUCUCCAUGCACCAGCUGUACUUCUCUUUAUUAUUUAUUACUGAAUUAAAGUUUUCCCCAAUUAUGUAUCACUUGUAUUUUGUAUGUAUUGAAACUAUAUUAGCAAGGUACGUUUUGUGAUUUUGAAGAAAUAUUCAUCCCCAGUAUAUAUAAUAAAACAUUUUCCGACAACUGAAUAGAAAAAUACGAUUUUUAUAUGUAAUUUCUCAGAUGUACAUUUUGUAGCAACUUUUUUUCCUAAUAUUUACAAAAAAUAUGUAUGUAAUUAAAAACUGUCAGUAUUAUAUUUAUACAGUUUAAACAUUCCAUCUGAGUGUUCACAAAGUACACUUGUAAUAGAGUUAGAAAGAAUUAAGUAUUGAGUAUCUGUUACGGUAAAACAAUAUUUCUCAGUGUUAUUGAUAUUUGUAAAAUUGGAUUUUGAAAUAUUCUUCUUCAUCAUUAAGUAUUUCAUAAUUAUGACAAAUCAUAUUAUAAUUUGUAAUAAUUGAUGAAUUUCUAUUGACUUACGGAUAUGGAGCAAUCAGUAAUGAUUUGAAGUAUCCCAUUUUCGUUCUGAAAAAACUGAAACUGUUCCUAUAUGAACAUAAACUUAAGCCGGUCUAGACGUUGCAUCCAAUACUUGCAACGUUGGACGUUGAUAUGAUUGGACUCAUCAUGUGCUGGUAGUGCGCAUGUCAUUCGAUGAAUGCUCUGCUUCCAAUGUUGUCCAUGGAAAGUCGGUUCUUUUGAUCCGCGCCAAAAGAGUAUCUAACAUUAGAACGAAGUUGGGACCAACACUUGCGGUACAACUAUACAUACUUCUAGUCCUGUUUCGCGUGAAUGAAAAACCAAAGUUCCCAGUAUCAUCCAGUUUAUUUUAAAAGAAUUUAUAUAUGUUGUAUGCUGUUCAUAAGUUUUUUUUUUCCACGUUUUAUGUAAGUUUAGGUGCAGAGCCGGACUAUACGAUGCGUCCAACGUUUGCGCCAACAUUAACCUUCAAAAGUUGGCUGAACAUUGGACAAAGACUGGAAGCUUACUUAACCUUACUUAUAGAUAUGAAAAUGUGACAAGAAAGUGAUGAACGGCAUACAACAGACAUAAAUUAUUUUGAAAUAAAUUGGAAGGUUUUUUGGUUUUUUUAUACAAAACACGUACCAUUUAGACGCAAGUGGACAAGAAGUGUUUGUAUUUGUACAAGUUUUACUUCAAACUUCAUUCCAAUGCUGGGUACUCGUUUGACGCGGGUCAUAAAAUCGACUUUCCAUGGCCAACGUUCCAAUGCCAAUGUUGGAAGCAAAACAUUCGUUAAAUGACAUGUGCACUACGACUACACGAUGCGUCCAAUCAUACCAGCGUCCAAUGUUGCAAGCAUUGGGCGCAUUGUGUGGUACCGGUUUAAGGUUUCAACAUAUGUCCAAUCUUCAGCCGUACAUUGGAAUGUGAAUGUUGGCGCAAAAGCUGGACGCAUCGUGUAGUACUGGCUUCAUAUAGUAGCACUGCGACAUAUCCAAAAAAAAACAGUUCUAUGUUACACUUGAUCGUACAUUGUGAGAUGAAUAAUUGAUAUAUCAAAAACUGAAUGAUUGACCACUCUCUCCUUUGUUAAUACUAAUAGAUACUCAUCAUUUAAAGUUGUAACUGUAGCUUUACCAUUUUGACAUCCGUAAGUGAAUAGUCCAAAAAUUGGUUUUCUUUACAGAUUGUAGAAUAAAUAUUGUUGUAUAUUGGAUUGAAGUGUGGAGAGAGAAAAUCAUAAGAAAGCCGAGUUUGUGAUUAGAAAAAAUGUUCAAAAUUUGGAUUAUAUAAUAUUUUGUGAAAAUUGAUUAAUCUAAAUUGACUUUUCUAUAAUUUUUGGGUUCAUUACCCUUUAUUUUUUUGUAGAUAAAUGGUAAUGAUUUUAGGUCACCUUUAAUUGAAAAUUAGUUUUAAAAUAGUAAAUAGUUAGAAAUCUUGAUGUUUCGACUUAUUUUUGUCUUAGGCAAUAUGUAAUUAUAAACGUCAAAAUUUUUAUCUGUUUUAAUUUAAUUGAAGGAGACUUAAACCAAAACUACAUGUCAACAAAAACGUUUAAAAAAAGGUUUACAAGUGAGAAAUUAAACAAAAUUAAUAACUAAUUGUAUUCAAAGUAGUAGUCCAAUUUUUUGUAUUUGAGUAUUCAAUAUUAUUAGUUAUUCAUAUGCCUCCAUAAUGGGAUAUUUAAAAUUUUUGGACUUCAAUGUUUUCGAGGCACCUUAAAUGGCAUGGAGUUUUUAAAACAGUGAAAUUAGAUCGACUUUCUUGUGUUUUAUUCUAAGCAUUGCCAUACUUUACUGGUCUUUUAUGUUUUUCAAGAAUACCAUUUCUGCUUUCUUGGAACUAGAUGGGUUGAUAAAUAAUAAUGUUAUUUCCGAAAGAUUUGAUAUCGAAUCUUUAUAUUACAGGUUUUAUUGUUGUUGUUGUUUUAAAUUCAGUUAUUAACAUCUACUAUUUGUUUGAGGCUGUGCGAAAAAAAUGUAGUAUGAGUUGAAAUCUGAAACUAGCAGAUCGUUUAUUUAUAAUGUAGCAUACAUCAUAUAUGAAAAAUAGUUUUAGAAUGAUUGAGACUCAUGAUAUAAUAUUUUUUAUCAUUAAAAGAAUAUUUGCCCUAAUCAAACUGGGUUAUAAACGCAUGUCUUAAUCAAAAACCUAAUGCUCAAUUAAUAUGACGAUAAAGAAAAACACCGUUAAUGGAGAUUCAGUCAAAGUCAGAUCUAGAAAUCAGUUUGUUAUUUAUUUAUAGUUUUUGUGGUAUCCCGUUUGGUUUAACUUUAAAGCCUUGUCUAUCUCUAUAGGUUAUCAAUCUAUUUUUUUCAAUCCAAUAUAAUCAUAUUCAUAUUUUUCUAAAAUCAAAUCCUAUGAAUCUUUUGGUCGUUGGCUUAUUUAAAUUAUUAAAAAAUAAAGAAGAAUCAUCAAAAAAUAAACAAAUUGAACUAUACCAAGCUACAUUAACCAUUACUAACAAUUGCAGUAGAGCAGUAUAUUUUUGAAUAGAACGUUGUUUGCAUUCAUGAGGUCUUCUAAGGGGAAACUGUCUGACAACAUACUUAUAGUUCUUAAUGUAGUAGCUACUCAGUCAAUAUUUACAUUUGGCAACUUCGCUAUUAACCACUGAAUACAGUUAUCAAAAUCUAUACAAUAAUUGAAUUGGCGAAAAAUCUAAGAUGGGUACAAUAUCGUUAACAGAUGGCUAAAGUUCCGGAUCUCCUUGGAGUCCCAAACAUAUAUGGGUGUACCUAGAGGGUCUUUAAUCUAUGUUCAUUGGGACUCGAUAUUGGCAAAGGAUGCAAGUUUUUUUCUAUUUGAGCCCUAAAAUCGUCUUCGGCCCUAAAGUUUACAACAAAUAUAAUUUACUCUGAAUAAUUGUAACUUGUAUUUAAACAGAUCUGUAGUUUAUGGAUAAUAUUUGGUAAUCUAUACAAGUGCCUUAAUUUCAAUCACUUAAUUUGAAGUGCCUUUGUAGCUAAAAAUAAUAAAUAACUUCAAUAUAUUUUAUAAAAAUUACUUUCUUCAAAAUUUAAAAUAAUUACAAAAGGAAUAACUAUAAUAUCUAUUCCAAUUUUAUUCAAGAAAUAAAUUAAAAAACGUUUCUCGUGUUUAUUUAUUAACAAAUCGACUCCGAUUAUUUGCUGUUAUGCCAAUGUUGUAUUAUCAUUAACCCAUAUAUGUCCAACAUCGCAGUCAAUAAAUUGCAAGUUUCAUGAUCACCAAAAUAUAUCAUCUAAUUUCAAAACUGGUAUGGUACUAGUUUUAAUUAUCCAUAUUAUUUUCAAUGCAUUAAAACGAAAAAUUUUUUUUUCACACAUUUUAAUUUUUAUAUAAUUUUAUUUAGGUAAUCGUGAACUUGCCUUACAUGUAAAGUCUCGUUCUCUUAUUAUUAUACUUCUACAGUUUCAACUAUUACCGAUUGAUGUAACAUUGUUUCUAGUCCAUUAAAUAUAUUUUUACUAUUGA